CGGGCAGGAGCCAGAGGGGUGGCUGUCUGGACUCCAGGAUAGUUGAAGGCCAGGUAAGCAGGUAGCUGGCCAGGGCAGGCUUGUGGCACCGGACCACAGCCUGGUCAGCUGAGUUGGAGUCCUUCCUCAAACUCUCCUCCAGCCAGUUGCCCAGCCAGCCUGACCCGGCAUGGAUACUGCGGACGCCACUGUGGAGAAGCUCCGGGCACAGUGCCUGUCCCGAGGGGCCUUGGGCAUCCAGGGCCUGGCCAGAUUUUUCCGCCGCCUGGACCGGAACCGGAGCCAAUCCCUGGACUCUGGGGAACUCCAGCGGGGCCUGGCUGAGCUGGGGCUGGUGCUGGACAGGGCCGAAGCGGAGGGUGUGUGCAGGCGCUGGGAUCGUGAUGGCAGCGGGAUGCUGGACCUGGAGGAGUUCCUGAGGGCCCUGCGGCCCCCCAUGUCCCAGGCCCGGGAGGCGGUCAUUGCAGCUGCGUUUGCCAAGUUGGACCGCAGCGGGGAUGGUGUGGUGACCGUGGAUGACCUCCGGGGGGUGUACAGUGGCCGCGCCCACCCCAAGGUGCGAAGUGGGGAGUGGACCGAGGAGGAGGUGCUCCGCCGCUUCCUGGACAACUUUGACUCCUCUGAGAAGGAUGGGCAGGUCACGCUGGCUGAAUUCCAGGACUACUACAGCGGCGUGAGCGCCUCCGUGGACACAGACGAGGAGUUUGUGGCCAUGAUGACCAGCGCCUGGCAGCUGUGAGCCGUGCACACUUGCUCAGCC